AUGAAUGAGACUUCUGAAGACUCGCAGUUUCUAGAUCAGAGGGAAAUUAUCAUCCAGAAACUUGCCGCGUUUGACGAUCUUGACCGAUCAGGAAAAACAUUGUUGUCUCCUGUGACUAUCUUGGAAUAUGGCAGUUUCUUGAUCAAGAAUGAGUUGUUAUCACCUAAAACGGAGGUGUUGUAUCAGUUUUGCCGUUUAUUGAUUAUUUCUCUGGAUGGAACCAAAGAAACAAACAUUACCUCAGCUUUCCUUUCGAAGGAUACUAUAUCACAAACUAGUCAACUGGUGACUCAUAUCUUAUCUCUCAUACCUGAUUCGAUUUAUAAUGUUGAUACUUCCCGAGUCUCGGAAAUAAAAAAAUGGCAGCUAUUAAUUCAUUUCAUGCUAGUCUUUGGAUCGGCCACAACCUGGUCCUAUGUAAAAAAUGCCGUUCAAAUUCAAAUCAUACUCAACAGCAUGUGCCAAAAAAUGUCCAGCGUCCUGUAUACAGAAGCUAAUUAUAAUAAGAUGGCAAUCUCUUUGUUUGUGGCUUGCAAUGACUACCGACCAGUCAUCAGUGUUGAAGCGUUGAAUGCGUUAUUUUCUAUAAUUAUGAAGCCAUUCCGUGAGGAGGUAAACCAAGAAUUGUUGCCGAUUUUUAUCAAAAAGAUUCUCAUAUGCCCGGCCAUAACAUUACAUCUUUCUCAACCUAAUCUCAAAGCUUUCUCGAAUGGAAACUUGUUCGUAGAAACGCUUAUGAAACUUCGAGUUGAGCCGGAACUUUUUGAGAAUGUUGAACCUCAGCGUAAAAUCAACUUGAUGGGAAAUAUGAUUCAUCUGGGUUAUAUUAACCUAUCUACAAAGUUAACACAAGAAACUUUAUUGGAUUGGACUUGGUUCCUGGGUACGACAAUGGCUCAAUGUAUAGAAUUUUCUGUCAGACCUGGAACUAAAUCAAGUCACAACCAUUGGCAUCCUAUUUUCGGAAAUUACAAACUACCCAUUGAUCAAAAGACAGAGGGAGCAUUAAAAAAUGUUAUAAAGCAGCUAAGAUAUCUCUGGAGUAGUAGAGUGGUUACUGGAAUCUUUCAAAUAGCUUUCGAGAGUUCGGAGUCGUCAAAACCCAAGAAUGACUUGAACUCGUCAAAUGAGAUAAGUACGACCUUCUCGAAACUAUUCAAAAGAAUUGGUGGGGGUGGAGGCUCGAAUUUGGAAACUAGUGCGAUUCACGAAGAACCUCCAACAUUACCUGCUGUUGUUUGUUCUGUUUAUGUGUCAACUCUGUCGUGCAUGCCACACUUGAAAGGAGACAUUAUCUCAGGAAUGUGCCAUAGUGACCUUCUAUUGCAACAGUUAUGGGCUUAUCUUAAAAGAUGGGGUAGUCCUUACGCUGCUUCAUCUUCUGAGCCCGUCCCUUUAACGGCAGCGCUUAAGAUUCUCACACGUCCAAAUAGUACACAUGCCGCUCCUCUACAUCUCUUCGCUGAAGCUGCAUCUUCUGUCAUAUCAAUACUGGAUGAAGAGGAAAUGUAUGAUAAAGGUAUACCAUUCCCAACUUCGGAGUUACUUGGUAUAGCAAAGUUCUGUAAUUGGUUUUGUUUCAAAGCUAUAUGGCAAGGAAUAAUAAAUAAAGAGAAUGUUGAUCGAGGAGUUUUUGCAGCCAUUCACGGACUACUUCUGAUUCUCUAUGCUCGUGAUUGUCGUAAGGCAUUCACAUCGGAUCCUAAGUUUUGGCUUAGCCCCGAUAUCAAAAGCACUGCUUUGAUUUCCGAGUACGAAAAAAGAACACAACGAGGACUAUUGGUAAUGGAGAAAUUGAGUCAUUGUAUCCUUCUUAGAGAGAGGAUGUUGUUGUUUCGGAAGUUCAUAAGUGAAGAGAAAUGUAAUAUCGAAGGCCCUGCCUCUCUUAUAACUGUGGCUCGCAAUCGAAUUGUAGAAGAUGGGUAUCGUCAGCUAUCCAUGCUAUCUGAUAAAGCUAUGAAGAAUGUCAUUAGAGUUAAAUUUGUAAAUCAGCAGGGGCUCGAAGAAGCGGGUAUUGAUCAAGACGGUGUUUUUAAAGAGUUCUUAGAAAUGACUAUUAAGCACGUUUUCAACCCUUCUCUCAAUCUCUUCAUGAGUACGUCAUCUGGGGUUUUAUAUCCUUCGCUUACAUCUUUCGUACAUGAAGACCACAUUGAUUUGUUUCAAUUCAUUGGUAGAAUGUUGGGUAAAGCGGUAUUUGAAGGGAUAGUCGUAGAUGUACAACUUGCUCCUGUACUUCUAGCAGCAGUUUUGGGAGGACGUCGUCUCUGUGCGUUUGACGAACUUUAUCAACUAGAUCCUGAGCUAUAUAAAAAUUUGACGUUCGUGAAACGUUACGAGGGCGACAUAUCGGACUUGUCUCUUACUUUUUCUAUAAAUGAGGACUUGCUGGGGAAAGUAGUGACUACUGAUCUCAUACCAGGUGGAAGGACUAUAACGGUCACGAAUGAAAACAAAAUUGAUUAUAUUCAUCGUAUGGCGUAUCACCGUGUUUUUGGACAAACGAGGAAUCAGUGUAAAGCGUUUGUUAAUGGGAUUCAAUCCAUCUUAAGAACACAAUGGCUGUCCCUUUUUGCACCACAUGAGAUCCAGUAUCUUAUAAGUGGCCAAACGUGUGACAUCGAUAUUGCUGAUUUGAAAAAACAUGUGCAAUACUAUGGUGGUUUUCAUGGUAGUCAUCGCCUAAUUAAAUGGCUUUGGGACAUCGUGGAAAAUGAGUUUAGCGCGGAAGAGCGACGACUAUUCUUAAAAUUUGUUACUAGCUGUUCGAGGCCUCCGCUACUUGGUUUCUCAUAUUUGGAACCACCUUUCUCAAUUCGAUGUGUCGAAGUUUCCGAUGAUCAUGACACUGGCGAUACUUUGGGCAGUGUGGUGCGGGGAUUUCUAGCAUUGAGGAGGAGUCAGUCGGUUACAAGGCUGCCAACAGCUUCAACAUGCUUCAAUCUGUUAAAACUUCCAAAUUAUAACAAGAAAUCAGUAUUGCUGUCCAAGUUGCGAUAUGCGAUCCAUGCAGAGAGCGGCUUCGAACUGAGUUAA